AUGACGUUGUUCGACGAUGAAAGCGAUUUUCUCAUCAGGUAUUAUAUGGGUAUUUAUGAGAAAUGUCCAGAUCGAUUUGUAAAGAUUAGUGAAAUCAUGCCGAAAUAUAAUCCAAGGCAAAUAUCGGCUCGUUGGAGAGACUAUCUCGAUCCUAAUUUAUGUAACGACCCUUUUACGGAAGAUGAAAAAAGAUAUAUUAUUGAACAGACUCCAAAUCACCGAAAGUCGGAUAAUAUUUGUUGGAGAGAUUUAAGUUCUGACUUGGAAAAAAGAUUUGGUAGGUUUCAUUCCUAUAAUAAGAUCAAAAGUUAUUGGAAUGUGUAUCAAAAACGUCAGAAAAAGAAUUCUUUUGAGCGAACUGUUCCCUUGCUUUUAAAUGGAGAAAAUGGAGAAAAAAAAUAUAGAAAAGAAUCUAGAUCUUCGAUCAAUACAGAUGGUCGAAUCCCUGUUUCCUUUCUUUUACAAGAAUAG